AUGUAGACAAUUCUUCAUAAAGGCUCAAACUAAACAAUUAAAUCAAAUUUUACAACUCAAUAAUUUUAGUUAUAACUUCUUAUUCAUAGAAUGUGUUACGUAAAUUCUUUGUUCUUUCUAGAAAUUGCAUUGGCUUUAAUAGAAUUUAAUCUUCAUAUUCUAUUGGAAUUACUUCAUAAUAUAAAUAAAAUAAUAAAUAAUAUUUCUCUACAUUUUCCCUUUGUUACUUCUUUGAUUUUGUAAACAAAUACUUGGUUGAUAAUGAUUAAUAAUUAUCUUCAUAUGAUUUAAAAUUGUAAUUUGAAUAAAUAUUUAUAAUAUGUUCUUGUGUCCUCUUGGGGUGGUAAAUAUGGCUUGCAUUUACUGAAGUUAAUAUAAUUAUUAUAAUUAAUUAAUAGGAAUUUAAUUGGAAAUACAAAAAUGAUUUAAUCUAUUCCACUUACUCUUGAUUAGAUUUAUGGAGUGAAUUUUAAGAGAGUUCCAAUUUUUUUGGGGGAAAUGGAAGGAACCAAUCCCAUACCAAUCAAUGAGACUGAUGAAGAUUUGUAUUCAGAAAAAAAUUCAAGUGAACAAUUAAAAAGAUCGUUGCCGCCAUUACAGAAAGUGGAUAUAAGGGUCUUUGGAGAGAAAUAGAGGAGACGACAGAAUGUCCACAAGUCUCCCAUAGUUUCAACUUAAUUGGAAUAGCAUAUAGGGUUUAGAAAUUCAUUUUAUAGGAAUAACAAAAUCAAUUUGGCAUCGAGACAGAGGAUAGAGGAAAUUAAAAAUAGAGAGAUGGGUUUAUACACGAAAUAUGCUCAACGAUUCAAUGUGCCUAAGUCCUAGAUAUGGAAUUGA